AUGGUUGUUAGCUCACGAAUCCAUAAAAUUCAAGUUCACAAAGUGAUGAAUCUGUUAAUUUCUUUCUUUUAUCGUAUCGGGGUUUGGCAUUUUGGAGAUAAACCUACAAUUAGAGAAUCUGUUAUCAAAUGGUUCUAUUUCGUCUAUUAUUUUGUAUUCUUCGUUUCAUUGUUGUGCGGAAUGAUUUCCAGUUCUAACAAAAUACACCAGUCCACAUUCACGGCAUCUGUGACGGUUAUCGUUGGAGUUUUGCUAGUUAAACUUCAAAUUUUGCUAUGGGAGCAAGAAAUGGUUCUCGGAUUGUUGAAUCGCAUUAGUGUUUAUUCGAUUCGAAACGACGAAACUUUUCUUAUCUGCAGUAACAAGCUAGAAGUUUUCAUAAAAUUUGCAGUUGUAUUCUAUGGUGCAACUUUCGUUACCGCAACUUUCGCAAGUUUUGUGGUACCAUUUCUUGGAAAAGAGAAAUCGAUUAUUUACAGUUUUGCAUUCCCUCUGGAUUGGAAAAGUGAUAACUUUGCCUAUUUUUUGGCAAAUGCUUUUAUCACAAGCCACACGUACUUAACGAUCGUGGUUAUUCUAUUUUCGAUCAUCAUUUGGUAUUUAAUUAUGCAAUGCUCGUUAAGAUAUGAAGGUCUGGCAGGUGAUGUGAGAAUCAUGGGACGAAUUACCGAACAAAAAAACGGGAAAAUGUCACACAACGCUUUUAUGCAGGACUUGAAGGAAUUGAUUAUUGCCCACGCUUACUUGAGAGGACUAAUCGACGAAUUUGAAUCAUUAUCGUCGAAUAUAUUUUUUCUUCAAUUUUGUACCAGUGGUGCAUGCAUCUGCGCAACAACUUAUUGCCUUGCAUUUGAUAACAGUGAAAACAUGAUAGAACGCAUGAUUACCAUCUAUAUGUUUGGGUACAAUAUUGCCGAAUUGUUUAUGAUUACGUACUUUGGAAACGAGAUGAUGCUGUCAAGCUCUCGUCGCUACUAUAGUUUGUUUGAAUCAAAUUGGUUCGAUCAACCACAAACGACCAGCAAGUGCAUGAUCAUUUUUGGUGAAUAUUUAAAGCAACCACAUGCGCUCUUGAUUGGUAAACUGUUUCCGUUGACUUUGGAAACUUUUAAUAGGAUUUUACGUUCAGCUUACAGCAUGUUCAAUAUUUUAAAAAGCACUCAACAGUAAUACAGAUUGUGAAAGUAGUCACAAAUUAGAGCACCUAAAGCACAAAUAAUUAUUAGCGGUUCAGGCAAACGUUUUGCAUUAUAUUAAACGA